AUGCUAUUACCCCUCGGGAGGCCGACGGCGUUGUCGCCGCUUUUGCGGGCGCCUCCCUCGCCGCGCCUUCUCAUGUCGAGCCUCUGUACCCUCUUGCCUUCGUCAGGACGGGUGCUCGGCCCUUCGCGGCCGAGGGGCGUCGUGUUAUGUGCCCGGGCAGAGCGUGAAGAAGUCGGGCGAGGGCCCUUGCCAUUGCCGUCUGUCUCCGAGAACAAGUCCUUCGCUGUCGCCACAGGAGAGCUCUUCCUCGGCCUCUCGUCGCUUCUAAUCAAGAGGACCGCCAGGGUCUCCCCGGUUCUAACAAGGGAGGAAGAGAUAGCUCCGACGGACAAGCCUGUCGAGGAUAUUGCAGCUCAGGAGGUGAUCUGGGAGCAGCGUUUAGCGGAUGUGGAGGCUGAGAAGAAGCGGAAGGUGACAAGCCCCGGGUUUAGCUUCUCCGCGGCUGGUCUCCUCUUUCCUUACCAUCUAGGUGUCUCCCAGUUUCUUCUGGAAAAAGGCUAUAUCAAGGUGAUAAGAGCAUGCCUUCAUUGUGGACCUCUCUAUUAACUGGCCUGCACUUUCAGAGGAAAGCUUACCUUAAAUUAUGGCGAAUUAUCCUAUAUUUCUCUUUGUUAAUUAUCGCUAAUUGAUCCCUUGCAUCUUUCAAGCUGAUGGGCGAUGGUCCCAUUCAGCACUGAUCAUUGCUCAUUGACAUGAUCCUCCACUACUGUCUAACUUUAAUUUCCUCUGUGUCUCAGGAAACAACACCAUUGGCGGGUUCAUCAGCUGGCGCAAUAGUUUGUGCAGUAAUCGCCUCCGGAAGCUCCAUGCAAGAUGCCUUAAAAUUUACAAAGAUACUGGCAGAAGAUUGCCGGAUAAAAGGGACAGCAUUUCGCCUUGGGGUAUGGAUGCCUUGUUUUUCAGUAAGAGUUUGUUGUUUGCAUGACAUCUACCUUUUCUGCUGAUUUUUCAAAUCACCGAGACAAUAAUAUCAUGACAUAUGGAAAAUUAAUAAAGGGUUGUAGCGCUGCCUUCCUUUCAAUAUCCCAUCUGAAUGGUUGCGUAAUCUAUAACAGAUUUAGCCCCGUUCUUACAAUUCUAAAGUGGUUGAUAUCAAAUAUGUUCACAAUCAAGUAGUAGAGAUAAAGAUUUAGUUAUUUUUUAUAUUUUUAUUCACAUACAUGUUGGCUCUUUUCCUGCUCUCACAGGUGUCUUGUAGUUACACCUAUCAAGUCAACGUAACACCUUUCAACUUGUAUGUAAACGAUUUUAACUUGAUUUUCCUUCACGAUUCUCAUAGAUUUGGGCAAUCAUUAUACUUUUAAAACCUCCUCAAUUUAAAGAUUACCCAAAAAACUGGGUAAGCUGAUGUACAUUUUAAAGUCAUUGAAUUUUCAUUAACAAAGAUUAUUACAUUAUUUUCAUAUGUGAAUAAGGAAUGGUUAUUUAUAUUUAUGGAAUUCUUGUUACUCACUGACUACCAAUGUGAGAUACAGUCAAAACCAUGACAUUUUUGGUCAUUGUCGUUGGUAUCCAUGUCUGGAUCGCACUUGAUUUCAAUUGAAAUCAUCUUAGAAAAACGUUGCUACAGCACCUAAUGCAUCUAUUUUUAAACUCAAAAUGAUCAGCUCUCAGAAGAGUGCCUACUUGCGUGAUGUCAUUGGCAGAAGUUUCUCCAUGUACACAAGGCAUCUUCACAAGAGUGAGUCUUGAAGUCAGAGCUUGCUUUGAUGUCAAUUGACGCAGUGGGAGCCAAAUAAAAAUGGCUUUAACCUAAAAAUAGAAUUGAAUUUUUUUAAUAAUGGUGCAUAAGUUCUCUCUUCUACAUGGCGUGUCUCUUUAAAUGGGCGGGCGAUGUAGUUUUAGUUCCUAAAAGAUUAGGGUAUGAUAAGGGAUCUACGAACAGAUUACAGUUAAACAACCAAGAUACUGAGCCUAACAUGUCUGGACUAUUGGUCUAUUUAUACAAGUCUUAGUUGAGUCUUCCAUGUUUUACGAUUUCUGGUCUUUAUGAGGGGUCUUUUAGGCCAUUUUGGUUGCACAGUUGGGCUUUUCACAAUUCUUGAAAUUUCCCUCGACAUCAAUCUCUCUUGUUUAAAAAAAGUUAUGAGAUGCCAAUUAACUUUUUUUUCGAAUAUGGAACGUUUUCCAACUUUUGCUUAGUCACUAGCGAAGUGUACGUUGGAAGGACAUCUGUAGCUGGAGGAAAAGCCAGCGUACAUCAAUCUGGAGGGAACAACUAUAAUCUUCAUUAUAAAAAAUACUUUUAGCUCUUAUUAUUUCUUAAUUCGACAAGAUAUCUAAUUAAAUCUAGUAUCUCCCUCAAAAGUUCAGGCUGGAACCUAAAUAUAUGACAUCACGGUGUUUACCAUUUUAUUUGAAUUAGCAUGAUCUUCCUUUUAGCUGUCUACUGCUAUGAAGUAGGAGUUAUCUUUUGACAUAAAAUUGUUAUUGCAUAGAGAAGAUACAGAAGGACGCAACUUGAAUAUGGUUUGGAUGACCUUUUUUGUUUUGGUAAGCAUGAAGUUGAAACAUCAUUCCGAAGUUUCCAACAGCAUGUGUAACUUUAAUAAUCAAUGGAUCUUUGAUAAAAGAGUUUUAAUCUGUUAUUUUUAUUUGAUAUUUAACUUGAUUUUUUUUUUUGUUUUUAGGCUGUUCUCAGAGAUGUCCUUGAAGAGUUUCUGCCUGAUGAUGUUCAUAUUAGGUCCAACGGAAGAAUCCGUGGUGAGCUCAAUUCCCUUGACGUUAGUUUUAUUAAACAGUGAUGGGAUUAUGCUUUUGCCCCAUUGCUGUUUUGAAAUUUCCAACUAACAUAAAGUGAAGUGCUUUACUUUAUCAGAACAUUUUCCGAUUUCCCCAAAUUUCUGUGCAUGAUACUUGUGUGACUAAAGUGCAGUGUAACCAUGAUGUCUAUGGUGUAUGUAAUACUCUUCCUGGUCAUGUCUUCUUGACCUUUGUUCUGUCACUUUUCCUAUCAUGCUUAUGCUGCAUGCAAUAUUGCUUCCCUUGCCUUUUAUUUAUUUUUUGUGUCUACUGAAAAUUGUGCGUCUUGGCUGGCAAUAUUUCACUAUGAAUUUGUUGGAAAGACCAAGUAACUGCGACAUUGGGUAACGGUUCGAAUAUAUACUAAAGUUACAUAAAACUUGGCUUUGAGUAACUUAUUAAGCCAUUUGUAAUCUUCUUUUAUCGUUUACGUAAAAAAGAGUUCUAAUGGAUGAGCUGAGUUGGGAAGGAGUUCUAAACUCUGUUUAAACUCGGUUUUCUGGUUGGGACGAGAAAUGACAGCCAAGGGCUAUUUUUUUUACAGCUUCUGCUGAUUGGUGAAAUAGUUUGAAGUGAAAUGAUGCAAGAUGGUACAAAAGGGAUUCUCUUCAAUAAGAUUGUGAACACAUGAAGGAGGUGGAAGCCUUACAUAUAAGAUCUGAGUCUUAGGAAUUUAGCUUGUAACCGAAGAGGCUUAAUUGUUGGAAACUAGAAAUUCAAUCAGAAGGGCGAGGCACAUGAAAAGAAAUCAAUACUGUAGCUUUUAUGACAGAGUAUUGAAGUUGGUGGGAUUUGUUGCGUGAUUAUAUGAACAAGAUAAAGGUAUCUGUUAUAGUUGCAUUGGAAUUAUCUCUCUGAUGGAGGCACUGGUUGGUGAAAACUUAUUUCAGAAACCCAUUCUUGGUUGAUGAAAGGAUUCAUUUUCGUUGAGGGAUGAGUGGAUAACAAGUUUUCACGAUUCUUUUGUGAGACAUUGAAGAAGAAGCUAGGGCAUCCAAGACAUUAUUGUUCUUCCAUCUCAUGCAAGUUCAUCCUUGCCAUGUGUCUAAGAAAACUCAUGGUAUGGUUUCUAGAAAAAGUAAACGGAAAACCUAACUCUUUCCUCUCCUAAGCUGCACCACGGUAGAGGCAGUGGUGGGUGGCCUUGGAGGUUGACAGACUAGUCUUAUGUUCUCUCCAGCCAUGGACGAUGAAAGGGUCACUACCUCUCCUUUUCAGUUUGACAUCCCUCAUGCAAGCUAUCAUAAGUGGCAUCCUGCGCAACCGAGAUAUUCUGGUCCUCAUUUGUUUUUUCACUUUUUCCGAUUUCAGAAUCCUAUGUUCUUUUAAACUUGUUUCUCUACCUAUAAGGUUUAUAUUUCUCUUAAUGUUUUGCAUUAUAGUCCCUCAAUAAUAUUUAUGGUUCCCAUAUCGGUGAGAGGAAAUAUCUGCUGUUUCAUGUUUUUUUGUCCUUCUGGCUGUUUCAGUUGCUGUAACUCAAUUACUUUGGAGACCAAAGGGUUUGCUUGUUGACCAGUUCGAUUCCAAGGAAGAUCUUAUAAACGCAGUCUUGACGUCAUCAUUUAUUCCGGGGUCUGGAUCCUUCAAGUUUCUUAUUAUUUUCUGUUUUUGAAUCAUCAUUUGCUUCAUCUAUUUGUUGAUGCACAUCAAGUUAAAACAUUGUUCCAAAUCGUUACUUUUUUCAGGUACUUGGCUCCAAGGCCAGCAACUCUUUUCCGUAAUCGACUCUGCAUAGACGGAGGCUUGACAUUAUUCAUGCCCCCAACAUCUGCUUCAGCCACGGUUCGCAUAUCUUCUCAUUCUUUAAAAGCACAUUCACCCUUGCCGUACUUAUGGAAAUUUUUAUGGGCAUCAAGUGGGUAGAUUUGUGAUCACAGCGAGGAAAUUCACUAGGAAUUUGGUUCUCCUUUUUGUUUAAUCUCUGAUUCAGGUGUUCACUUUUUUACCCAAUUAUAGCAGUUACCCUUAUUUCUAGAGCAAAAAUAACCCCCAGAUUCGGUUUGACUAGCCUGACUUAGUGGACUGAAUCACCCUGAGAUCGGCCAAAUCUCGUUGGAUUGACCUGAACAUGACUGACCAAUUAGAUUAUAAGAUCUCUACCUGAUUUGACCUAGUAGGGGACUGUGGUUUGGGUAAGGUCUUAGACAGGCGUGGUUCAACAGAGAUGAACUUUGUAACUAUUACAUACUCCCCUGUGUUGUUCAUGUGGCAGAGACUGAAAAUAACAAAUCUAAAUCAUAAUGCGAUUUUUCUUCCUUAUUCUUAAUCGAUUUUUGAGUUCAGUGACCUGGUUUUUUCACAGUUGGAAGCUGUUCUUGGCUGCAUCUCGUCUAGAGAGAAGCCUUUUUAAAAAGGCAGUAAAAAAAUCAUUUUUUUUACCACCAGAGUAACUUGAAAAAUUCGGUCAAAAAUCCGAUAGACUACUAAUUUCCUCAACCCGAUCAACCAUUUGGUGGUUCUUUUGGAGCGUUGAGGUCAAUGUUCUAAAUGAUCUCUCUUGACGCGGCUCUGGCUUCACAUUGCAGGUCAGAAUUUGUGCCUUCCCGGCAUCUAGACUGGGGCUGACAGGUAUUGGCAUAAGCCCAGAUUGCAAUCCCGCAGACAGGGCAAGCCCUCGGCAGGUACGAAGAAGAAAGUCCCCUCUAGAGACAGCCAUUUAAUCUUUGUGGAGGCUAAUAUUCUCAUUAUACUGAUCUUCUUUUGCGGACCAUUCCAGCUGUUCAGCUGGGCUCUGGAGCCUGCAGAUGACCAUAUUCUCGACGAACUGUUCGAGCUCGGGUAUCUGGAUGCGGGCGUCUGGGCCGAGCAGAACCCGGUCGAAUCGAUUGCGAGUUAG